ACCUGGGAACGACUUAUUUCACAACCUCAACAUGAAGGCUGUCGUCUCUGCUGCUUUGCUUUUCGCCACUCUGGUCCUUUUCUCUGAGGCCGUCCAAGUCCAGGAUGGUGAAUAUUUCUUCUCAGCUGAAUCAGUGAAAGUCCUUCAGGGUUUGUUGGACAGCAGCUCUGCCACCCAGCAGAAGAGCCCUCGCCUGGCCACGACCAGCUAUGCCUCUGUCUGCGCCAAUCCAACCCUGCCGCAGGAGUUUGUACCCAUAUGCAACCAAAGUGGGUCCAGCUUGGUCUUCUCCAGACUAGCUGCCAUGCCCAUGGACGUGUGCGAGAUCUGUGCUUUUGCCGCCUGCACCGGCUGCUAGACCCUCAUCCCUCUUCCAAAUGACAAAGGAAUGUCUUCACUUUUACCGAUUCAAUAUGCAAACCCACGUUUCCUUUGCCUUCACGUAAAAUGGCGCCCUGAUCCGUAUGGCAGACUGUUUUGGAACUGUUACUUGUCGUUUUGAAAGCAUGCACUUAAACCUAAAUCAGUCUGGAAUUUAAAUGAACUGUAAUGUUUUUUUUUCUUGUGUUACAGCAUAACGUUUCACUUAUUUAAUGAAAGUAGUGUAGUCUUAUUUUUUCUACUUCUUGUAUUUCUUACAUUUUCAUAUUCUUGUGCAAUAAAAUGCCUUGAAAAAGGA